AUGUUUAAAAAGAGCUUGAAUUUCAAAAUCAAAUAAAUAAAACAAAGUUUAGCAAGAAAAGUUGCUUUUGGCAAAUUUUUAAGUAUAUUAGGCUGAGAUAAUUUUUGUAUUUUUAAAUGAAAGUCCUGUGCCGUUGAUUAAAUUUAUCAUUAAAAGAGUAUCAAAUGAGUUUAACUAAAAGACGGAAGUAUAUUAUGAAUCAAUAAAUUCUAUUUCAAGCAUAAUUUUUCAAUUUAGAUAAUUGGGAACCUUUCAUCAAACCUUUAGUUAUGAUUAGGGUAAUCCUUAAAAUUUCACUUCAAUUGUCCUCAAUUUCUCAAGUGAAUUACUAUUGAAUAUUAAUUUUACAAAAGAGAACAUUAAAUAAUUGUUAGAAUUACAUAAAAGCUGGGAUAAAUCAAUUUAGAAUAUAAAAUAAAGCAUUUCAAUAAAAUUACGUUCUCCUUCCAGAAUUUUUAGGAAUUGUUCAAUAGCAUAAUCUGCAAUAGAAAAGUGGUGUGUAUGGCUCUUUGUGUUAUUGAUAAUUAAACAGGAUAUGAAAUUGAACUAACCAUUAUUAAUAAAACUUUAAAGAAGAUUGAUACUAUAAUUGUCGCUGCUUAUUAAUAAUUUGGAUUAAAAUGCGCAAAAAAUAUGGAGAAAAAGGUGCUUUCAAUUUGCAUAAGAUCUCCUAAUUUCAAAGAAAUAAAUAACCUAAACUUUUGUAGAAAUAAAGUUGAAUCAAGAAAAAUGGAGUACAAGAUAGGUAUGCUUGAUAAAUAGACGUAAAUUUUAAUUAGAAUUUGCAUUUUAGAUUAAUAGAAAAUUUUGAGUAUUAGUUCAGAUAUUUUAUUUUUUAAAUAUAGUUAAUCAGAUAUAUAACUUAAAUUGAUAAAUAAAAUAACAUAAUCACAAGAACUUUUAAAUAUUUUGAAAAAUGAAAAAACUUAUAUUCCUUUUUUUUAGGAUCUGAAUAUAUUAAAAUGGGAUUUUGCUCUUAAGGAAUGGACAUUUACAAACUUAUAAUGA